GGGUGCAGAUCGUCUGGUAUCAUGGACCGAAACGCAGCCGUAUACGCACUAUGUCUAGGCUUUCUUCUGUCCGUUUUGCCUUGUCCAUACGCUGAAGACCCUCAGUGUCCACCGGGAUGGACCGGUCCUUCCUGCAAAGACUUUUCCUGCGACGGACGAAUCCAGGGCAGUUACCCCGACCCUAGCGAGUGUCACAUGUACUACACCUGUGUUGACGGGUACCCGACGCCGUUACACCAGUCCUGCGGGCCUGCCGGUUGGCUGGCUUUCAGUCAGUUGACCCACAACUGCGAAUGGCCCCAGGACGUGCCCGGAUGUGGACCCAGUCCCUUCGGUCUUCUUGGUGUGUCCACCUUUCUGAACCCUGACGACCCCCUUCUGGUGGAGGUGGCCACCGACGACGGCAACGUCAUACAGGUCCAAGGAGACAAGACUGACGAAGGCGCGGCGACCUCGGUGGAGUCCCUGACCCAGACGACAGCCGGCGGAGACCAGACCACUGUCGGCUUCUCCCCGGACAGCGCUCUGGUCGACACCGUGGUGACGUCAUCAGGAGUCUCCAUGACGUUCGUGUGGACUGAUGACAAAGUCUUCGUUACUGCUUCCGCACAGAACUCCAGUUUUGAGCUCAACGUGCAGGUCGAUCUGGAGCCAGGUGACCUGGCAUCCGUGUCUUCCUUGUCUGAAGUGCACGGGGUAGCGACGGUAUCCCCGACAGCCGACCACUCGUCUUCCAACAACGGAGUAGAUUCUGCACAAACUGGACCGCCGAGCACUCAAGCAGGCCAGGCUACAGGGGAGACUGGCAUGCCCUCCCCGGAGUCGGCUGCCGUCACCGCGGCGCAGAGUCUACGGCUGCCCGUCCUGGUUACUAGGUGUGGCCUGCCAACAGACGACGUGACUGUCAAGGCGUUUGGCUACAAAGGUUUGACCUCAGCUACAGACGUUUCGUCGCUGGACCCGGACGUGGAGUACCGAGUUUUCCCGACAGAGGAAGCUGGAAUGUUCGAGAUUGUCGUCCCGGCCAGUCCCGCGGACUCCUCCCCGGAGGCGGCUCAGACCGUGUGCGACAGCGUCAGUCAGGUGGUCGGGGGCGUGUGCGCCGCGUCGCUGGGCGUCAGGCCUGCCACGGACGGCACCAUCUGUAACGAGGUGGCCGACGCCGCACAGUUCAUCACCACUCAAUCAGGCGCGGAAAGUGCUCUCGUUCUGGCCGCUUGCUCGGGAGGCUUCGGGGCCGUCCAGGCGUUUUGCGACGCCAUCGGCUUCAGCGCAACAGAGGAGGAAGCCACCGCAUCGUCUGAUCUCUGUCAAAAGGUGACGGGAACUGUCGACUCCUUUUCGCCGGAGCCGGUGCUUGUCGUCCCGAAGGUUGUGUUCUCGAGCGGCGAGGAAGUCUCCGUCCCGGGACAGAUCGUGACUCCGGGAGACGCCAACCAGACACUUCCCGCCUUCAGCGUCUCCUCCAGCACCGGUCACGUGAUCUCCUCUGUCGUCUUCAACCCGCGGGACCCACUGCCUGGCCAGAGCUACGUCGGGCAUGCGCAGUUCGCCUGUACCGAUGCCACCACCGUGGCCACCAUGAGGAUUGUCGGGACAGAUGGGUUCCAUAAAGAAGUGCAGUGCGCAGGCGCCGUCUCGGAAUGCACCCUGCAUGUACCCGGGGCACAGGAGCUGGUGGUUGACCGCGUCACCGUCUCCCUUAGCGCAGGCGCACUGCCCGCCGUCUCCACGGAGUACGUCAUCGUGUUCUGAGCGCGCUGCAGGGCCGUUCACAACGCCGCUUCAAAGACGCGCAGAUGUCCGACUUCUGACAGCAGUCAUGUGGCUGUUAGAAGUGUUGCUAUAACAACAAUAAAGCUCUGAAAUUACUUUCGUCAAUGGAACUGGAGAAUAAAAUUGCUUUCAUGUUGUACAAUCUGUGUACUAAUUGCGUCAAUGCUUUCAUGAUGAGAAAAGGCCGUCAGCAAAAUAAAACACAUUUCACU